UUCAGGACACCUCCCUCGCAGGGGGUGUGGGAGGGCCGCCGAGCUUCUGUGGAGACCUACGAAAGCGAGCGGCCUGUCGGCUUUUUAUUGCCAAGGGAGCGGCGUCAGGACAGCAUGCAGAGCGUGAGUUCUCCAGCAGGCCGCGUCCUCAACGAGGACCAGUUUAGCUGCUCCAUCUGCCUGGAAGUGUUUGUGGAGCCCGUGUCCACGCCAUGCGGCCACAGCUUCUGCAAGGCCUGCCUGCAGGGCUACUGGAACCACAGCAAGAAGUUCCUGUGCCCCAUGUGCAAGAAAAGCUACACCAGGAAGCCCGAGAUGAGCGUCAACAGGGUCCUGGCAGAGAUCUCCUCUCAGUUCCAGGGGAUGGCGGUGGCCGGCGGGGCCGAGGCACUCGGAUCGUCCACGCGAGGGUCCAUGCUGAAUCUGAGUUCGGAUCCGGGAUCCCCGAGCUAUGAGACUGGCGAGUUUGCGCGGGCCGGGGAAGUCCCCUGCGAUGCUUGUAUUGGAAGGAAGAUGAAGGCGCACAAGUCGUGCAUCAACUGUCCCGGGUCCUUCUGUCAAACCCAUCUGAGACAUCAUAAAAAGGUGAAGUCCCUGACGUCCCAUCGCCUGAUCGAGCCCACCUUCCACCUGGAGGAUAAAAUCUGUAAAAAGCACGAGCGCCUUCUGGAGUUUUACUGCCGCACCGACCACGCCUGCAUCUGCAGCGGCUGCGUGGAUACCUCGCACAAAUCGCACGAUGUGGUCUCCGCGGACCACGAGUGGAAGAAGAAGAUGAGCAGCCUGGGAAAGAAGCGGUCCGAGCUGAAGCACCUGAUUAAGGAGCGCGGCAAAAAGCUGGAAGAACUCAAGCAAUCCAUUAAGGUCAUCAAGGCCAGCGCCCAGAAGGAGCUGGAGGAGAGCUGGCAGGUGUUUGCCGAACUGCAGCGCCUGGUGGAGCAAAGCCAGGCCGAGCUGGUGGAGCUCAUCGCCACGAGACAACGCGAGGCCGAGCGCCACGCGCAGGAGCUGGCGCGAAGCCUGGAGAACGAACUGAGUCAGCUGAGGAGGCGGAGCCAUGAAUUGGACGCCCAGGCCCAGAACAACGACAAAGUGGUCUUCUUGCAGCACUUGGCCACCUUGCCCCCGCUUCCCGAGCCCACCGACUGGUCGGCGGUGAGCAUCAACACGGAUCUCUACCUCGGAACCAUCCGCUCGUCCGUCAGUGGCCUUAUGGACAAAUUUCAGGAGGAGCUGAAGAGGCUUUAUGGCAAAGAACUCCGCAAAGUGCAGAACUACUCCGUUGAGGUCAUCCUGGACCCAGCCACCGCCCAGAAGAACCUGGUGCUGUCCGACGACGGCCGCCAGGUGAGGUACGAGGAACGCAAGACGGCUCACUCCGAGGGCCCUAAACGUUUCAGUCCGGCCCUCUUUGUCCUGGGCCGGGAGGCUCUGAGCUCGGGACGCCACUACUGGGAGGUGGACGUGGCCCGCAAGACGGCCUGGACUCUGGGUGUGGCCAACGCCUCGGCCCGGCGCAAGGGCGAGAUCAAGCUGAGUCCCGCCGGCGGCUACUGGUGCCUGUGGCUGAAGAACGGCCAGGUGAAAGCGCUGGCCUCUUCCCGCCUUCCUCUCACGCUAACGUCCCAGCCCGCUAAAGUGGGCGUUUUCCUGGAUUACGAAGGGGGCCAGGUCUCCUUCUAUGACCCCAAGGCCCGCCUGCACCUCUACACCUUUGUCCACAACUUUAAUGAAAACCUGUACCCCAUCUUCAGCCCCUGCCUCAGCCAGGAGGGCAAGAACACUUCCCCUCUCGCUAUCACAUCCGUCAAACAUACCUGACUUUGAUGUGGGUUGCAAGGGGGAGGGUGGGGGGACUUCCAGAAAGUUUCUGGUGGAAUUUCAAUGGGGACCUUUUCAUAUCGGGACAUAGACAGUUUUUUUUUUUUUUUUUGGUCAUAAGUAAAUAUCAA